UUCUUUCUCUUACCUCAUCACUUCUUUUUUCCUUUCUUUUCUUUUUCUAUUCUUUUUCCCUCUAAUAUUCCUUGUUUCUCUCUCUAGAAUCCUUCUUCAGUCUCCUCUCCACUCUCCUCUUCUUUCUCUCUCUCUCUAGCUUUCCUCCUCCUCCUUUUUCCUUCCAUUUUCAGCUUCCUCUAAGACCCUCUGAUUGGAUCUGCUGCUAGCUAUUAGUCAACUUUUUUAUUUUUUAUUUUUUGCUGAAUUUCGAUUCCGGUUUUCUCAGCUUGAGGUCGUGGUUUUUUCGUUCUUGGUUUCUCGAAUUUUCUGUUUUGCUGAAUCGGAUAAAGACAAAAUCGAUUGCUACUGUCUCUGCUUCUGUUCCAGGUUAUUUAUUGCUAAAUUUAAGCUAGGUUUUGAAGGACCAAAUAGUAGAAGAAUAUUAUGGCCGUUUCCAUGAGAGAUUUAGAUUCAGCUUUCCAGGGAGCUGGACAAAAGGCUGGACUUGAAAUAUGGCGUAUUGAGAAUUUUAAUCCAGUUCCAGUCCCUAAGUCCUCUUAUGGGAAGUUUUUCACUGGGGACUCCUAUGUGAUCUUAAAGACAACUGCGUCAAAAAGUGGUGCUUUGCGUCAUGACAUCCAUUACUGGCUUGGUAAAGACACCAGUCAGGAUGAAGCUGGUGCGGCAGCCAUCAAGACAGUUGAGCUGGAUGCAGCUCUCGGAGGACGUGCUGUUCAGUAUCGUGAAGUACAGGGCCAUGAAACUGAAAAGUUCCUGUCUUAUUUCAAACCAUGUAUUAUACCUCAAGAAGGUGGAGUUGCUUCUGGUUUUAAACAUGCCGAGGCUGAAGAACAUAAGACACGAUUGUUUGUAUGCAGAGGGAAACAUGUUGUGCACGUCAAAGAGGUUCCGUUUGCUCGAUCUUCACUCAACCAUGACGAUAUUUUUGUUCUCGAUACUGAGUCAAAAAUCUUUCAAUUUAAUGGUUCCAAUUCAUCUAUUCAAGAAAGGGCUAAAGCUUUGGAAGUUGUACAGUAUAUUAAGGAUACCUACCAUGAGGGGAAAUGUGAGAUAGCUGCUAUUGAGGAUGGAAAGUUGAUGGCUGAUCCUGAAACUGGAGAAUUCUGGGGAUUCUUUGGGGGAUUUGCUCCUCUUCCACGAAAAACAGCCAGCGAUGAUGACAAGCCUGCUGAUUCUCGCCCUCCAAAGCUGCUUUGUUUUGAAAAGGGACAGGCAGAACCUGUUGAGACUGAUUCUUUAAAAAGGGAAUUACUAGACACGGAUAAAUGCUAUAUUCUUGAUUGUGGGUUGGAAGUGUUUGUCUGGAUGGGAAGAAACACCUCUCUUGAUGAAAGAAAAAGUGCAAGUGGAGCUGCAGAUGAGUUAGUUAAUGGCACUGAUCAGCUGAAACCACAAAUAAUUCGUGUAAUUGAAGGAUUUGAGACAGUGAUGUUCAGGUCCAAGUUUGAUUCUUGGCCUCAGACCACUGAUGUAACAGUAUCUGAAGAUGGUCGUGGCAAGGUUGCAGCACUUCUUAAACGUCAAGGAGUGAAUGUAAAGGGUCUGUUGAAAGCUGAUCCAGUAAAGGAAGAACCUCAACCCUACAUCGAUUGCACAGGACAUUUGCAGGUUUGGCGCGUGAACGGUCAGGAAAAGAUUCUUCUUUCAGCUUCUGAUCAGUCAAAAUUCUACAGCGGAGAUUGCUACAUCUUUCAGUAUUCAUAUCCUGGAGAAGAUAAGGAAGAUUAUCUUAUAGGAACGUGGAUUGGAAAGAAUAGUGUUGAGGAAGAAAGAGCUUCAGCUAAUUCACUUGCAAGCAAAAUGGUUGAGUCAAUGAAGUUUCUGGCUUCCCAGGCUCGUAUAUAUGAAGGCAAUGAACCAAUUCAUUUUCAUUCUAUCCUCCAAACCUUCAUUGUUUUAAAGGGUGGGCUUAGUGAUGGAUAUAAGACUUACAUUGCGGAAAAGGAAAUUCCAGAUGAGACAUACAAUGAGGAUGGUGUUGCAUUAUUCCGCAUCCAGGGCUCUGGACCGGACAAUAUGCAAGCCAUACAAGUUGAACCAGUUGCUUCUUCCUUGAAUUCCUCUUAUUGUUACAUACUUCAUAAUGGGCCUACUGUCUUUACUUGGUCUGGAAGCUCAACAAGCGCAGAAGACCAGGAACUAAUAGAGAGGAUGCUGGAUUUGAUAAAGCCAAAUUUACAAUCCAAACCACAAAGGGAAGGUACAGAAUCAGAACAAUUUUGGGAUUUGUUAGGAGGAAAAUCGGAAUAUCCCAGUCAAAAGAUUAUUAGGGAAGCUGAAAGUGAUCCUCACCUAUUUUCUUGCAACUUCUCUAAAGGAAAUUUAAAGGUGACAGAGGUAUACAACUUCUCCCAGGAUGAUUUGAUGACGGAAGACAUUUUCAUAUUGGAUUGUCACUCAGAAAUCUUUGUCUGGGUUGGGCAGCAGGUUGAACCCAAGAGUAGAAUGCAGGCUUUAACAAUUGGUGAGAAAUUUCUUGAGCACGAUUUUCUUCUAGAAAAAUUAUCUCGUGUGGCUCCAGUAUAUGUUAUUAUGGAAGGGAGUGAGCCACCAUUCUUCACACGCUUCUUUAAAUGGGAGUCUGCAAGAUCUGCUAUGCUGGGCAACUCAUUUCAAAGGAAGCUUACAAUCGUGAAAAAUGGGGGUGCUCCACUUUUGGAUAAACCCAAACGGAGAACAUCUGCAUCUUAUGGGGGAAGGUCUAGUAGUGUGCCAGACAAAUCCCAGCGUUCCUCUCGCAGCAUGUCUGUCAGUCCUGAUCGAGUUCGUGUGAGGGGCAGGUCUCCUGCCUUUAAUGCACUUGCAGCUAAUUUUGAGAACCCUAAUGCUAGGAACCUUUCAACUCCGCCUCCAGUAAUUAGAAAGCUGUAUCCAAAAUCAGUGACGCCAGAUUCUGCAAUACUGGCACCAAAAUCUUCAGCUAUAGCAGCACUUAGUUCUAGUUUUGAACAACCUCCUUCAGCACGAGAAAGUAUGAUACCUCGGUCACUUAAAGUGAGUCCAGUUACCCCCAAAUCAAACCCUGAGAAAAACGACAAGGAUAAUUCUGUGAGCGGCAGAGUGGAAUCUCUUACCAUACAGGAAGAUGUGAAAGAGGGUGAAGCUGAAGAUGAGGAAGGUCUCCUGGUUUACCCAUAUGAACGCCUUAAAAUAACAUCUACAGAUCCAGUAGCCGACAUUGAUGUGACUAAACGAGAGACUUAUCUAUCAUCUGUGGAGUUCAAAGAGAAAUUUGGGAUGUCCAAGGAUGCUUUUUACAAGUUGCCCAAAUGGAAACAAAACAAACUCAAAAUGGCUAUUCAGUUAUUCUGAUUCUUGCAGUGAGAAACUGAACAUAGGGAAGUACAAGGGACAGCAUCAGUGUUUUUUUUUAGCAUAGCUGCUUCUGCUCCCAGGAAACUUUUCUUGAAGAGAAACUAGAAAUUUUCCACCUCUCCCCUUCUCUUUGCAAUGGUUUGAAUGUUUAGUGUUAUUUCUUUGUUGAGUUAGCUGCGUGGCAUUAAUUUUAUAGGGCGCAGGUUGUUUGCGGGCUUGCUUUUUGUAUUUUUUUAAUUUAAAAUUGUUUUGGUAAAGCAAUUGGGGUUGCAAAUGCGGUCUACUUAGGUUGUAUUGAUUUUGAGGAUGAAGUGUGUACAGCAGAGUGUAAAAACCAGUCAACUCGUUAUUUUUGGAAAUAA